CGGGAAGGUGCAGGUCGUUGGGACUGAGCGUCGUGGGAACCGUGGGCAGAAGGACAGGACCUGCCCGACGACCAUAUCCAGGGCUGGCCUCCACCCACCGCGUGACGGGUGCCAUCCUCGGGUCCGCCAUCCCCGCGCCGUCGCCGCCGAGCUCGACCUCCAAAAACAGCGGAAAGAAUCACAUGAGCUCGGUCCUCGUCCAUCUCGACCCUCAACGACGUAAAAGGAUACCGUGGCCCUCAGCCUCGCGGCGCCCGGGAAGCUAGGAGAGAGACCUCCGUCCCGCGGCCUGCAGAGCGACCCUUUGCGGAGACUCGAAAGCCUCAGAAUCCCAGGAUCACUCACCUACCCUGCUGCUGCUCUCGGCACGUGUGCUGUGCGUGUUCUUUCCAGAAGGGGAUCAUGCAGCUGGAGAUCAAAGUGGCACUCAACUUCAUCAUCUCCUAUUUAUACAACAAGCUGCCCCGGCGCAGGGCAGACCUGUUUGGGGAGGAGCUAGAACGGCUUUUGAAAAAGAAAUAUGAGGGCCACUGGUACCCCGAGAAGCCGUUGAAGGGUUCUGGCUUCCGUUGUGUCCACAUUGGGGAAGUGGUAGACCCUGUGGUCGAGCUGGCUGCCAAGCGGAGUGGCCUGGCGGUGGAGGAUGUGCGAGCCAACGUGCCCGAAGAGCUAAGUGUCUGGAUCGACCCUUUCGAGGUAUCCUACCAGAUUGGAGAGAAGGGAGCUGUGAAGGUCCUGUACCUGGGUGACAGUGAGGCAGGUGCCCCAGAGCUGGACAAGGAGAUCAAGAGCAGCUUCAAUCCUGACGCCCAGGUGUUUGUGCCCAUCGGCAGCCAGGACAGCUCUCUGUCCAGCUCUCCGUCGCCAUCCUUUGGCCAGUCACCCAGCCCCACCUUCAUCCCCCGAUCUGCCCAGCCCAUCACCUUCACUACUGCCUCUUUUGCUGCCACCAAAUUUGGUUCCACCAAGAUGAAGAAGGGUGGUGGGGCAUCAAGCGGUGUGAGUGUGGGUGGCAGUGGGGCAGGUGGCCAGCAGCCGCCACCACAGCAGCCUCGCAUGGCCCGCUCACCCACAAAUAGCCUGCUGAAGCACAAGAGCCUCUCCUUGUCUAUGCACUCACUGAACUUCAUCACAGCCAACCCAGCCCCUCAGUCCCAGCUCUCCCCCAGUGCCAAGGAGUUUGUGUACAAUGGUGGUGGCUCACCCAGCCUCUUCUUCGAUGGGGUGGAUGGCCCCAGCACCAGCACUGCGGCCCCCUUUGGGAGUAGUGGAGCCAGCACUUGCAACAACAGCAGCUUUGAUGUGUCCCAGGUGUUUGGAGGUGGUGCUAACAGCCUGUUCUUGGAGAAAACACCCUUUGUAGAAGGCCUCAGCUACAACCUGAAUACCAUGCAGUAUCCCAACCAGCCCUUCCAGCCUGUCGUGCUGGCCAACUGACCAUCUUCCUGUCUGCUAGGCCAGGAGCACCCACAACCACAGCAAAGAAAAAGUCCAAACGAAAGAGGGAAAGAAAACUAUACAAAAAGAUUCCAGUCUUAUUCUCCCAGCUAGGAAAAGGAUUCACCCAGGCACAGAGUAGGAGGGGGUCCCGAAGCAUAGAGUGUUGAGCUCAGCCCCUGACUAUUCCUGCCUGCCUCUGAAUUCAUUUGGUUGGUUUGGAUUUUUGUAAUUUUUUUUUUACCUGUAGUUUUCUAUAUGACAUCUUCAAUUAGUGGUUUCCUGUGCUAAGGGCGGUCCAGAUGUGAACUGCUGCUCCCUACGCCCUCCUUCAUGCUCCUUUGGUAUUGGUGUGUUCAGGCUCACCAGGAAGGAAGAGCAGCAGCUGGAGCAGGGAGAGCCUGGCCCCGGGUCCAUUGCCCCCACCUUAGCUGUCUUCUCAGGCCCUGCCACACAAAUAGGUCUGGCCCUAGCCUCAACUCCCUCUCAGGCUGGGCCACAAGAAGCUGCUGACUGGCCACUUGACACCCUCCCCUAAAGCUAAUAUCUGUGACUAUAGGGAGGUUAGCACUUUUUCUAAUUGAAAUCCUUCUCUGUCCUGUGGCCCCAUCUCUCAUCCGCUCUUGGCCUGGCAAAGUUAUAUGCAGCCUCUUUCUCCAGCACAGCCUUUCCCUUAGGUUAGGGCAGAGUCUAGAGGUAGGGGUAAGUGUGUGUUUUUGUGUGUGCAUUCAUGCAUUCGUGAGUGUGUGGCUUGCUGUCGUGUUCUGAAGGAUUCCCAGCCACGUGGAUCUUCCCUCUGUAGAUGUGAUCCUCGGUUGUGUCAAGUGCUUAUUUAUGUACACGAUUGGGGGAUGGACCCAGGGUGGUUUGACAGUCCGUUUGUAAGGACGUAUAUGUGUGAGUGACACGUGGCUAAGCCUAAGGAACCCCAGGGGAAAGCACUGCAUAAGGAGCUGGAUUUCCAGAUUGCAGGGGGGUCUGCACUUUUGUUUGUUUUUGACAAAAAAAACCAAAAACAAAACAACAACAAAAAAACAACUCUGAAGGGCUGGGCGGGAGGAAUACCCAAGCCUGAUGCCUAAGAGGAGUCCCUAGACUUCAGCAGCUCCACUGUGUGGCCUGAGCCCAGGGAAGGGACAGGGAGAGGAUGUGGAGUCAGUGCCUGUGGUGGGCAGUCCUGAGCCUUGAAUCGAAACUGUGCUUUUUGGUUGUAGGUGUAAAUACAUUUGCACCCAUCUGAGAACUUCCUGGUUCCCAUCUCUCGACAUACUUUGUCUGCCCUCACCUAGCACCACUUGAUGCUCUGAGAUGUCUCCUGGGCAGACGAGAAGCCCCUGGCACCCCCAUCUCACUCCAUUCUCCCAGGGACUCCCGAGCGAAACCGCUGUGGCAGUGAGCUCAGCCCAGACAGACACUGCCAACCCCGUGUCCUUGUUUUGGGCUCUAGCUCUACCUCCCCCCGCAGGGCAAGGCCCUGCGUUCUCGGCCCAGCACCAUCAGUCUCCUGGUCUUCUCCAGCCUGCCCAUUCUGGGCCUCCUGUUCUUUAUCCUCAGUGCCCACACAGGUGACAGUCCCAGGUAAAUGACCUCUGCCGGACAAGUUGGAUGUUGCCUUACCCCCCUUCCCAGCCCCUCCUCCCACAGGAACACAGGUACCACCUGCACCCAAGCCAGCUUGUUUUCUCACACAUGGGGAGACUGGAGCCCAGCUCCUUGUGUCUUUUGAAAUAGGAAGAAAAAUGUGUGUUCAGGAACAUGACUCCUGGAGUGGGCUCUUGUGUGUGUUCAGGAGCAUGACUCCUAGAGUGGGCUCUUGGGCCCAGUUCAGUGUCUCAUCGCAAAUCUAGGCAUUUUUGCUUCUAUUUUAUUUUUUUUAAGGAAAAACAAAAACAAACAAAAAAAAAACUCUGCACUAAUUUACCUGGUUUCGUAGAAAAACUUUUUUUUUUAUUUUUUACAUUUUUUGGUGUCCGUUUGUAUUGAAUAAUUUGCUACAUUUGUAAAAUGUAAGAGGUAUAUAUAAUAUAUGUAUAUUUCUAAUGUAAGAAACGUAAAUUUUUUUUCUUUUCAAGAUUUUUUCUUAAAAAGAGGAGAGAAACCAAUAUUUUUUCAGGAAAAACAAACUUUAAAAAAUAGGAACAUAAAACCGUUUUCACCCCUCUCCCCAUCCUCUCUGUCCCUCUCACCCAGGAGCAAACAAAAAGUGGAUCAUCUUGUCAAGAAUGUCAGCUGUCAGUCUUUCUUGAUGCUGUAGUCUCGAUAGCUCCCCUAGAGAUGGGAGUAGGCACUGAGGCAGCCAUAGAGAGGAGCCCCGGGAGCAGGGCAACGACCUUUUUUUCUCUAGUGAAGGAAGAACGCAAUCAAGACAUUUUGUAUUCAGAACGUUGUGCAAUAUUUUGGAAUGAGACAUUGGUGUGUUUAGAGAUUUAGUUUCAAAACAAAGAUUGAUCAAAUCUGUACAGUUUAUAUUGUUCCAGAUUUUUUUAAGUUUGUAUUAAAAGCAUGAUAUAUAAUAGC